AUGGUGGAACGCCCAACGGACCAGGACGGCGCACGUAAUCUGGCUGUCGGUACAAAUGUCAGAGGGAAGGGUGUGACGUUCGAAGGGAGCGCUGCGCCAGCGUGCGGCUCGCGUUCGCGCACCAGUUCUGUGAGCGACGGGGAGCAGGCGAACACCAGUACACAUCUGUCUGCAUCGUCGAUUGGCAACGCAGACACGCUCUCUUCGUCGGGCAUAUCGGGCCACUCGACGGCCAUGACGUCCGCGACCACCUACGAUGAACGACCCAGCGCCUCGAGUCCGACUGCGGCCUCCACGCACGCGCACCCAAGCCUUACCCUCCUCGAACUCGUAUCGAAUACGGCCUCCUCGUCUGCACUGCCGGAUAGUUUCGACUUCAGCGUGUCGAGAAAGGGAAGCUUCGUGGCGGUAUACUCGGCGUCGAACAUAUGGCUGGUCAAGACGGUACAGCUGCCACGGCUGUGGGCAAGGACGCUGCAGGUCAAGCGCAAGCCCGUGGCAAUUGACAUCACCGAAGAUGGAUUUCUACUGGCCGUACUCUCUCGGCCCUCGCAAGUCGACCUGUAUGAGAUUCACGGCGAGGGAAACGACCAGAUCAAGAAGAGACGGACUAUCAUGCUGGUGCAUGAGGCCAGCUCCGUCGUCAUAUCGCCGGACGCACGUAUCUUGAUCACUGGAAAUAAAUUCGGCAUCGAGGUCAUGGCAAUUGGACCCGACGUACCAGAGACGGCGCGACGCACGCUGCAUGGGCCCGCAGGCGACGCACUGGAAUUCUCGGAUGAUGGACGGACGCUGCUCAUCACUGGCUAUGCGCGCAAAUCAGAUGGCUCGGCUUUGUUCGUACUGCCAGGACUAUACGAUGGGCCCUUGACAGAGGAGGGCGAGCCUAUCCCUCAGCCGCCAGAAAACGCUUGGACCGAUUUAACGAGCUUCUUUGCCUUCAAUGCUGAGGAGGACUCGUGGGGCAUUUACGACAUUGCAUGUCAGCGUUUUACCCAGCGCAAAAUGUUCCUGCCCGACCACCAGCGAUGGACGCGAUCUGAGUUUGUCGACGAUGCGAUGCCUGCCGUCUCGCCAAACGCCGAUUUGGCUGCGGUAGCCCUGCGUAUGCGUGGUACAACAAACAUCUGGAUCUAUGAAGUGCCGGGCUGGGAAUACAAGCCGAGUGAGAAGGCGAAGACGGAGGCGCCUAUACAGCCAUGCUUUUGCAUUCCCAUCCGCACAGACGGCCCGGAUACGCUUCAGGAAAUAUGCGUACUGCGGUGGGUCAGGCUCGAUUCAAAUGUUCAGCGGCUUCUAGCAGUUGGCAAUUCUAGCAUUGCUCCAAACCAAAACGACGUGCCGGGUGGCCAGAUGGGCUCCAAGGGCGUAGUCGUUAUCCUCGAUUUUGAUAAAAGGAGAUCAGCUGGGGACGCUGCACCGACGCCAAUCAAGCAAGAGUACGAUUUGGAACCGCUGUGUCCCGGCGAAAUGCUACCAGAGGGCUCUAUAGACUUCGAGCGUGAAGUCGAGCUCGUGCGGACAAGAACGAGAGUGCAACGGCAGGCACAAGAUCGACGAGACGCAUCGCGGAGAAACUCAAGAACUGGCUCAACUCCUGUCCAACGAUCGAGGACGACCGCCAUCCGCCAACCAUUACCAUCGCCGCCUGCUGUGGACGACGAAGAACUGACAGCGGAGGAAGCACAAGCUGCUUUCGAAGCACCUUACGACAACCAGCAGCCCAGGUCUCAAAUGUCUUUGGCGCGAGCGGCCACCGUAGCAGCCGUGUCUCCCGCAAACCGUCGGCAUCUGCGCGCCCUGCCCUUAAGACCGCUCGAGUACCGCCGUGCCGAUGGCGGACGAGAGCUCCCUCACGAGAGUGACGCCGACAACUGGGUUCCACCACCCCCAGCCUACACAGCAACCGCCGCGUGCAGCAGGCAGCGGCGAAUUGCCGAGACUCAUACCGCCGGAACAGAUGCAGGGCCAAAGAUUUCCGAUGAGUGCGCCGCCGUUGGGACAUAUGCAGCAAUAUGCGCAUCAGCCGGUGUAUGA